CCACUCGCACACGUGCCAUCGAGGCCUGCACCGCACACAAUGGCUGCCGCGUACCAGAACCAGUCGCAGCCCAUCUUUCCGGACAGCUAUGUCGGUUUCGACAGCAUCACCAAGCAGAUUGAGCGCAAGUCGGUGAAGCGGGGCUUCCAGUUCAAUGUCAUCUGCGUCGGUCAGACCGGUCUCGGCAAGUCGACGCUUAUCAACACGCUCUUUGCCUCGCACCUCAUGGAUAGCAAGGGUCGCUUCCAGCCCGACGAGGAGGUCCGCAGCACCACCAACAUCCACCCCGUCUCACACAUCAUCGAGGAAAACGGCGUGCGUCUGCGUCUCAACAUUGUUGACACGCCCGGAUACGGUGACCUGAUCAACAACGAGCGCUGCUGGGACCCAAUUGUCAAGUACAUCAAGGACCAGCACAGUGCCUACCUCCGCAAGGAGCUCACCGCCCAGCGUGAGAGGUACCUCCAGGACACGCGCAUCCACUGCUGCCUCUUCUUCAUCCAGCCCUCUGGCCACGCCCUCAAGCCCAUUGACAUUGUCGUGCUCAAGAAGCUGAGCGAGUUUGUCAACGUCGUGCCCGUCAUUGCCAAGAGUGAUAGCUUGACCAUGGAAGAGCGUGCCGAGUUCAAGCACCGAAUAAAGGAGGAGUUCCAGUUCCACAACCUACGCAUGUAUCCGUACGACAACGAGGAGGACGACAACGAGGAAGUUCAGGCUAAGCAGGCCAUCAAGGAACUCCUUCCCUUUGCCGUUGUCGGCUCUGAGAGGACCGUCGUUGUCAACGGCAAGAACGUCCGUGGUCGCCAGAACAAGUGGGGUAUCAUCAAUGUCGAGGAUGAGAACCACUGCGAAUUCGUCUACCUCCGCAACUUCCUCACCCGUACCCACCUGCAAGACCUGAUCGAGACCACCGCGCAAAUCCACUACGAGUCCUUCCGUGCCAAGCAGCUGCUUGCCCUCAAAGAGAGCUCCCACCAGGGUCACUCCUCGCGCCCCAUUUCCCCCUCGGCCGAUCGCGAGCUCAGCAGGAACAGCCAGCGCAUGACCAUGAACGGGUACUAGGAGUUUCCGAAUCAUAACCGCGUGGACAGCAACGGGGGCAAGUCGAGCGGACCUCCACCCCCGCGUAUGGAAACACGCAUGGAGAGGCCGGUACCCAUGGUCGAUGUCGUUUGAGCGCUGCGUGGCGGAGACUAGAGUGAAGAGGCAGAUUGCCAUGUUUUGAUACCAGUGCAUCAUCUAGCACGAAAACGGGAGAGCGAGUGAUUUGCGGCACAUUCAGAUUUGACACCUUUCUCAAUAUCCUUUUAGUCAUGAUUGACCUUUUUUAUACUUCUUUCAAUCUCGUAUGUCAUAGCACGGUGUAGUGGUUUGGGCUGAGAGACCUGGAUAGUGCACGGGUCCGUCUAGGAUAGCGAAGUAAUUCGAAGCCCCCUCUGGUUUCAUUCUCCCG